AUGAACUGCAUUCUGAAAUCAGUGGCAAAUUAUUUUGUGACUUGUGAUACGAAAACUGUGAAUUUGCUUUGUGACGUAUAAAAAAUGCGAUACCAAAAAUGAUUAAUAAAAAAAAUAAGUCUGAAAUUCUGCACCUUAAGCAGUGUACUAGUUUUUUUUUUUAUAUUCAACGUAAUCGUAACGUUAAAUAAAAGUUUUAUGAAUCUAAACUUGCUUCAGACAAAAAAACCAAUACGUAUUCUACAAGCGUUUUCCGUUUGCCCAUGGAAACGGAUCGCUAAACAGAUUACAUCGCUUAAUAUUCGGGACAAGUCACAUUCUUUGUUCCAUUGUGAUCGCACGGGGUUCAUUAAUUGGAAGAAAGGAAUUAAAUUGAACUGUUAUUUCCAGAAUCCAUCCGACAAAAUGAGGGUCCUGAUUGUGUUGUCGUGUCUGGUCGUGGUGGCGUUUGCCGCUGAUAAAUACAACGCAAAAUAUGAUAACUUCGAUGUCGACACACUGAUCUCCAAUGACAGACUUCUCAAAGCCUACAUCAACUGCUUCUUGGAAAAAGGACGGUGCACGCCUGAAGGAUCAGAUUUCAAAAAGACCCUGCCUGAGGCGAUUGAGACCACUUGUGCCAAAUGCACAGAGAAGCAGAAGGGUAACAUCAGGAAGGUGAUCAAGGCUAUCCAACAGAAGCACCCCAAGGAAUGGGAAGACCUCGUCAAGAAGAACGACCCCAGCGGCAAAAACCGCGCCAACUUCGACAAAUUCAUCCAGGGAAGCUAAACAUUCUCAUAGUACCCCAACAAGUGAUUUUAGAUUUAAAAUUUUAGGUUCUAAGAUUUCACAUACAAUUUGCCGGAGUUUUAACAGUUAAGUUAGCUCUCUACUAAAUUUAAAAAUGAUAAUUAUUUCCUUCGACCCUUAGGAUUUCUCCCGAUGCUCUCUUUAACUCCAUUUUCCGGGAUCAAGAUCCAAGUGAUUUAAUUUAUGUGUAGGUUUUUAGAUAAUCAUCGGAUGACAAACUGUUGUGUUAUUUAUUUGAAUAUCACGAUGUUGACUGAUAUUGUAAUAAAAAAUAAUAAUUGAAA